AUGACUGUCACUUACUCCAGUAAAGUGGCAAAUGCGACUUUUUUUGGAUUUCAUAGGUUACUCCUCAAGUGGAGAGGCAGCAUCUACAAGCUUCUGUACAGGGAGUUUAUUGUUUUCGCUGUUCUUUACACAGCAAUAAGUUUGGUGUACAGAUUGUUACUUACAGGAGCCCAAAAACGUUACUUUGAAAAAUUAUCAAUUUACUGUGACAGAUAUGCUGAACAAAUUCCAGUAACCUUUGUGCUUGGAUUUUAUGUGACACUGGUAGUGAACCGAUGGUGGAACCAGUUUGUGAACCUGCCCUGGCCGGACAGGCUGAUGUUCCUCAUCUCCAGCAGUGUCCACGGGAGUGACCAGCACGGGCGCCUGCUCAGGAGGACGCUGAUGCGCUACGUCAACCUCACGUCGCUGCUAAUCUUCCGCUCGGUGAGCACAGCCGUGUACAAGAGGUUCCCCACCAUCGACCACGUGGUUGAAGCAGGUUUUAUGACAGCAGAUGAAAGGAAAUUAUUUGACCACCUCAAAUCACCUCAUCUAAAAUACUGGGUUCCUUUCAUCUGGUUUGGAAAUCUUGCCACUAAAGCCCGGAAUGAAGGUAGAAUCAGAGACAGUGUUGAUCUGCAAUCACUGAUGACCGAAAUGAAUCGGUACCGCUCCUGGUGCAGCCUCUUGUUCGGCUAUGACUGGGUUGGGAUUCCGCUGGUCUACACCCAGGUCGUCACUCUUGCUGUGUACACCUUCUUCUUUGCCUGCCUCAUCGGACGCCAGUUUUUGGAUCCCACCAAAGGCUACGCGGGGCACGACUUGGAUCUUUACAUUCCAGUCUUUACCCUUCUCCAGUUCUUCUUCUAUGCAGGAUGGCUCAAGGUCGCUGAGCAGCUUAUCAACCCUUUUGGAGAAGAUGAUGAUGAUUUUGAAACUAACUGGUGCAUUGACAGAAAUCUGCAGGUCUCCCUUUUAGCUGUGGAUGAGAUGCACAUGAGCUUACCGAAGAUGAAGAAGGACAUUUACUGGGACGAUUCUGCCGCUCGACCACCAUACACGCUGGCAGCUGCUGACUACUGUAUACCUUCAUUUCUGGGCUCAACUAUCCAAAUGGGAAUGUCUGAGUCCAACUUCCCCAGUGAGGACUGGCUGUGGAACUAUGAGAAGCACGGGCACCGGCACUCCGUGAUGAGGAAAGUCAAGCGCUUCCUGAGUGCCCACGAUCACCCGUCCAGCCCCAAGAGGAGAAGCUUCGGGCGGCAGGCCAGUGACAGUUCCAUGUUCUUGCCCCCAAGCCCAGUUCGGGAUCUGCUGGAUGUGCCUUCGAGAAAUCUCCACCGAGCCUCACCCACUGGGAAGCAAUCCCACUCCCGGGAGAGCAGUCCCAAGCUGCAUUCCAGUAUGGGAGAACUGUCCACCAUCAGGGAGACCAGCCGCACGAGCACUCUGCAGAGCCUGACCCCACAGUCCAGUACGAGGACCUCCCCUACCAAAAUGCCCCAGGUCCCCGAGGUCCUCAUCACAUCUGCUGAAGCGCAAGUGUCCCCUUCAGACGACCAUCACGACUCUACUACCUCCAUCGUGAGCCUUGAGUUCACAGGGGUUCAGCCAAGCAGGACUGAGCAGCAAGAGGACCCUGAGGGAUUGCUCCUGUCCCCCUCAGAGAAAGGGACACCUCCUGGGUGCCUUAGCCCCCAGGCUGCUUUAGACAGUGCCAAAAGAGACCCGUUCAAGUUUGAGGAAGACUUACAUGAUGACAGGUUCCUGAAAAGGUGGAGCCUCCCAGAGUUCCGGGACUCUAGCCACACUUCCCUGGGGAACCUGUGUCCAGAUCCUGCCAGUACCGGGCCUCCUCUUUUACUUGACACUGAAACAUCCUCAGAGAUCAGCCGAGCCAACCUUGCUGCCGCCUCUGGGGUCUCUCCUGAUGUACUGUACUUAAUAGAAAGCCUAGACACCAAAGAGACUGACAUCCUGGAGUUUAACAAUGAGCACACUGAAGAAGUCCCCACAGGAACGGCACAGAGCCCUAGGACCUGGUUCUAG